UGCUGGGCUGCCUAACAGGAUUAUCUAACAGGCCUUGACAGAAGCACCACGUUAACUAGUGCUUGGGGCAUUUUCUGCCCUGUCUGACCAAUUUUUUUAGCUUAAGAUUUUCUUCUCAGUUAAGACUAAAAGAUGUCUAACCCAAGACUAUCUGUGCUUUCCCCCCUGCUGUUCUUCUGUUUCUUCAGGGAGACCUCCUGCAUUUGUGAUGGGACAACCUGGACAAAGGUCGGAUGGGAGAUCUUUCCAGAGGAAGUGCACUACCUGAAAGUUAAGGCUCCCCCAUCCCACUGUCUACCUUACCCUCUGGACAAAUUCUGCUGCAACUUUGCUAACUUGGACCUCAUCCAGGGUUCCCUACGCCUCAUGUACAUCCUAGUGCAAGCUCUCUUCUUAAUCCUGUUUGUCUUAUCUGUGCAUUACCUAUGGAUGAAAUGGACCAGACACCAAAAAAAGCUGAAAAAGCAAGCCUCUUUAGAGAAACACAGCAGUGACCUAGAGAGCCCAUCCAUCUACGACAUUGAACAAAUACUCUGCAGACUACUGGCCACAACAUCCAUGAUGACCAAGUUCCUGAAGCAGACAAGGAAACUAAAAGUCAGAGAUGCUCAGAAACUUGGCUCAAGAAACGCAACCAGUAAGAUGAUGGAUGCAAGAUACCAACGCUGGCAGCCUGACUCCUGAGCUCCUCCGCAACGGAAAGACGGCAACCUCUCUAGCAGUCGUCCAUUUGGGAACUACCAGCCUAUAUGACUUUAAGGAAGUUUCGUCGUACUCUGACUACCCUAGCUUUACUGUUAAUCUAAACCACUACCACUGUGUAUGCUUUCGUUUACAAAUUAAAUUACAAAUUGAAUUAAA